AUGACCGCUUUGAGGCCCCCUCAACUCUCCGUCAACUCCGACUCAGAAGGGCCUCAGGGGGCCCCCCUUGCUGCUUCCUUGUUGUAUGAGAGCCCCUCCAAUGCGAGGGCCCGGGGGGGGGCCCCUGCAGCAGCAGCAGCAGCUGCUGCUGCUGCUGCUGCUGAGAAGACAGAGAUGCAGCAGGGCGCCGCGCAGAGACAGCAGAUGCUUCUCCACAGGCAGCAGCAGCAGCAGCUGCAGCAGCAGCAGCUGCAGCAGCAGCAGCUGCAGCAGCAGCACAGGCCGGGCGCAGUCCUCAGGGCCUCUCUAGCGCCGCGGCGCAGCAGCGACCCCCAAAACGGCAGCAGCAGCAGCAGCAGGAGCAUGCCUGCUGCUGACGGGUGGAGAGCAGCAGCAGCAGCAGCAGCAGCAGCAGACACAGACUCAGAAAGCUACCAAUCCUCAGACUCUGAGGGGGGCCCCCCACACCACUGGGGGCCCCCCGCAUCUGCAAGGGGCCCCCACUGGCCUCCCUACAGCUCCCAGCAGCAGCAGCAGCAGCAGCAGCAGCAGCAGCAGCAGCAGCGGGCAGCGCUGCUGCGCAGCAAGUCCUUCUCUGCGGGAGUGGCCCGCAGGCGACACGAGGACUCUUCGUUUGCUGCUGCUGUUGCAGCAGAGCAGCAGCAGCUGCUGCUGCAGGCAGCAAAGCAGCGGGGCGCAGAGUACCCACAGGGGCCCCUGCGGCGGCAGCGGGGGCCCCCCUUCCCGAGGAGAGCGAGCUGCAGCAGCAGCAGCAGCUGCAGCAGCAGCAGCAGAAGCAGCAGCAGCAGCAGCAGCAGCAAAAUGGACAGACGCAGCAACGGAGAAAGCCCUGGAAGCUCUCUGGGCUUCUUCUCUUCUUCAGAUCUCGAGUCCGAGGGGGGCCCCCCGAGGGGCCCCCCGAGGGGGGCCCCCAGGGGGCCCCCUAGGGGGGCCCCCAGGGGGCCCCCUAGGGGGGGCCCCCUGGGGGGCCCCCACAAGGGCUGGCGGGAGCUGCUGGCUGAGAGGCAAAGGGCUAUGGAGCUGCAUAUGCAGCAGCAGCAGCAACUAGUGCAGCAGCAGCAGCAGCAGCAGCAGCAGCAGCAGCAACAAAUGGCGCAGCAGCAGUGCAGAGCUAGGUGGGGGGCCCCCAGGGAGUCCCCGGGGCCCCCGGGGCCCCCGGGGGCCCCCGGGGCCCCCGGGGGCCCCCAGGGUACUGAAAACGUACCCCAAGGAUCUGCCCAGGGGGGCCCCUUUGCUGCAGCAGCAGAACGAGCUGCUGCUUCGGAAGGAAGCAAAAAGCAGCAGAAAAAAAGAAAGGAAAAGAGCUCGAAGAAGAAAAGCAGCAAAGAGACUGGGACUGCAGCAGCAGCAGCAGCAGCAGCAACCACUGCUGCUGCUGCUGCUGCUGCCGGUGGGGAUGUCUGGGCAGCAGCAGCUCGCGACGCCGCAGCAAGGCCGCAGGCCCCGCAGCUGCAGCAAGGCCCUCCGGGGGCCCCUCUUCCGCCCCUCUUCCCGUGUCUCCUGCUGCAGUUUUUCCUUUUGCUGCUUGGCCUCCGGGGGCCCCUCCCUUUUAUGCUGCUGCUGCUUUUGCUGCUGCAGCAGCAGCAGCAAGAGGGAUGUCGACGCGUCAGCCAGACAGUGCGUGAUUUUGUUCUCGCGCAGCAGCAGCAGCUGCUGGCAGCACAAAGAGAACUGCAGCAAGCAAAAGACGAGCUGAAGCAGGAAAAGGAGAAAUCUGAGGGUCUUGAGAAACAACUACAGGAGCAGCAGGAGAACCAGAAGCAGCAGCAGCAGCAAAUCGAGGAGCUGCAGCAGCAGCUGCAGGAGCAGAAGAAGAAGGCCGACGAGCUGGCCACCUGCCGCACAGCAGCAGAAAUGCGAGUGCAGCAGCAGCAAGAGUCUCUCGAAGCAAUUGUGAAGCUGCAGGAGGAGACGCAGCAAACCAGGCAGCAGGAAAAAGACAAAUACCUCGCCGAGAAGGAGCAGCUCCAGGUGAAGAUAAAGGACUUGGAGGGGGACUUGGCCUUUGCCCGCGACCAGCUGCUGGUGGCCAGAGAAAGCCUUAUUGCUGCUCGGCAGAAGCAGCAAGCAGCAACAGACGCACACGAGCAAGACCUCAAGGCCCUCCAGUCCUACCGCAAGGCCAACGAGGCCCUGAAGCAAGAUUUGAAGUUUGUUAAAACCCUAAAUUUGUCUCUUGCCGAAAAGGCCCGGCGGCUGCAGCAGGGGGGCCCCCAAGAGUCUCCAAUGGGGGCCCCCUCGCUGGCUGGCUGCAGCCCCAGGGCACAGCUGGCGGCCCUGCAGCAGCAGCAGCAGCAGCAGCAGCAGCCACAGCAGCAGCAGCAGCAGCAGCAGCAGCGGCUCACCAGCGAGGCCUACAGCGAAGGCGGGUCUUCUGUGUCUUCUGCUGCCUUCCCGCUGCGCGGCCACAGUGCUGCUGCUAAGGCGCUGCAGCUGGAGACGCUGCAGCAGCAGCUGCGAGAGCGGCUCGAGGGAGAGCACCCGCAGCAGCAGCAGCAGCAGCAGCAGCAGCAGCAGCAGCAGCAGCAGCAGCAGCGUCGGAGUGUCCCCUGGGGAGAAGCCCCAGUGCCCUCCCCCACUGACAGCCACAUUUCAGUUGUGGCCCCACAGCCGCCGCAGCCGCAGUCCCUGAGUGCGCAGCAGCAGCAGCUGCAGCAGCUGCAGCAGCUGCUGCUGCAGCAGCAGCAGCAGGCGCAGCGCGCGGAGCCCUUGCUGCCCGCAGGUCUGGGCGGCAUGGAGCCGCUGGAUGCAGCAGCAGCAAGACACAAGCAGCAGCGGCAGCUGCAGCAGCUGCAGCAGCAGCUGGACCAGCUGCAGCAGGAGCAAGAGAGCCUGCGGCGGCAGCAGGAGCUGCUGCAGCAGCAGGAAGGCGGGGCUGUCGCUGCGGCUGCAGCAGCAACGGGCGCAGCAGCAGCAGCAGCAGCAGCAGCAGCAGCAGCGAAGGGGCCCCACAUCCGGGGCCCCCUGCCACCCCCCUUCCGGGAUCGGAUCCCACAAGAACUAGCAGCACUUGCUGCUGCUGAUCCCAAAUGUUUUGUGUCUCCUUUUCCUCUUUACAACUAUCCCCCUGUGUCUUCAUCCCGAGGAAGCAAAAGCGAGCAGCAAACCAGCAGCAGCAGCAGCAGCAGCAGCAGCAGCAGCGGCGGCAGCAGCGCGCGCAGCCCCAGCGCCGUGUCGGGCCCCGACGCAGCCAGCAGCAGCAACCCGCAGCAGCAGCAGCAGCAGCAGCAGCAGCAGCGGGGGGGCCUGCCUUUCAGCCGUCCGUCGGAAGUGUCGCCGCUGCCGCUGGCGGGCCUCACAGCAGCAGCAGCAGCAGCAGCAGCAGCAGCAGCAGCAGCAGCAGGCUCCGCACAAGACUCCUGCAGGCGGCAGUGGCUGCUGCAGCGGCUGUCCAGACGCUCCAGGCUGCAGGGCCUCGAAGCAGUUCAUCAAAAGACAAGAGAACUUUCUCCCGCUUUGAGUUCCAUUUCCCGCAGCAGGAGACACAGCAGCAGCAGCAGCAGCAGCAGCAGCAGCAGCAGCAGCGGCAGCAGCGGCGGCGGCGGUGGCGGCAGCAGCGGCGGCGGGGAAGCAGACGCCGCAGCAGCAGCGCAGCAGGAUCUGGCUGCGCCGCAGGCCGCUCAGGCGCUGCAGCGACAUGCUGCUGCUGCUGCUGCUGCUGCUGCUGCUGCCAGCAGCAGCAGCAGCAGCAGCAGCAGCAGCAGCGGGGCCCGCAGGGCCGAGGUGAAGCAGCGAGAGCUGGCCUGUGCCACCGAGGCGGACUCCCCGCCUCCGGGCUUGGCAUAA